AAUUCAUAAGUCGGGUGUGUGGAGCGUACUCAUGUAUGCUGCAAAAUCGCGUUGUUUCUUGACAUUUAACCAGCAUCAAAAAUUCUACAUUCGUAUUUUGAAACCGCUUUAAGUAAUAAUAUAUAAUAAAAGUGUGAAUUACUUUGAACUAUGGACGUUUUUGCAAAAGUGCUGACUAGCAAUGGAAUGGAUUUAGUUUCGUUUGAGAAGCAAGGAGUAUCUGCAUCCGAAUGGACACCAUUGUUGCCGAGGGCCUCGAAGACUAAUACACGAUUCUGCAAAGUUUUCUUUGUACCGCAGCGAUGGGUGAUGGCUGUGAUGGGUUUCCUGGCGGUGGCCAACGCGUACACCAUGCGGGUGUGUCUCAACAUCGCCAUUACGCAAAUGGUGCGACGGAAGGCCGCCUCCACCGGCUACGAUGAGGGUUCAUGCCCGGCUGAGAUCGAGGAAACCGCGGCCGAUCCUAAUGAUUUAUCUGGUUUCGACUGGAACGAAGAAACCCAAGGAAUAAUACUCAGCGCAUUCUACUACGGCUACAUAGUGACGCACUUGCCUGGAGGCAUGCUAGCCGAGAGGUUCGGCGGCAAGUACUCGCUGGGCUUCGGAGUGCUGAGCACGGCCGUGUUCACCUUGCUGACGCCGUGGGCGGUCAGCAUGGGGGGCGCCACUGGACUUAUUGUGCUGAGGGUGCUGGAAGGUCUGGGAGAGGGUACCACAUUCCCAGCAUUAAACGCUAUGCUGGCUCGCUGGGCCCCCAUCACCGAGCGGGGCCGGAUGGGCUCGCUAGUGUUCGGAGGGGCGCAGAUCGGCAACAUCGCCGGCACUUACCUUUCCGGACUCAUCAUGAAGGAGACUGGCGAUUGGCAAUCGGUGUUUUACCUCUUCGGUGCUGUUAGCAUACUGUGGUUUAUUCUAUGGUCGGUGCUCUGCUAUAACGACCCCGAGUCCCACCCCUUCAUUUCCGAUAAGGAGAAGAAAUAUCUAGAGGAGGCGCUGGGCAGCCACCGAAACAGUCAGCCCUCAGCCAUCCCGUGGAAGGCCAUCUUCAUGUCUGUGCCGUUGUGGGCCCUUGUUUGUGCCCAGAUCGGCCAUGACUACGGUUACUUCACGAUGGUGACGGACCUGCCCAAAUACAUGACCGGCGUGCUGAAGUUCGACAUCCACCGCACGGGGACGCUGGCGGCGCUCCCGUACGCGGUCAUGUGGAUAUGCUCCAUCGUGUUCGGCUGGAUGUGCGACAAGAUCGUCAAGCACAACUGGAUGACGGUUACUAAUGCCAGGAAAACGUUUACAACGAUAGCGUCAGUAGGCCCAGGAAUCUGCAUGAUCCUGGCCUCAUACUCCGGCUGCGACACGUCGACCGUGGUGAUCCUGUUCACCGCCUCCAUGGCCCUUAUGGGGGCCUUCUACCCUGGCAUGAAGGUCAACGCGCUAGACCUGAGCUCCAACUACGCGGGCACCAUUAUGGCCAUUGUGAAUGGCAUCGGGGCGAUCACAGGCAUCAUUGCUCCGUAUUUAGUGGGGUUGCUGACGCCUGAUAGCACCUUAGUGCAAUGGCGCCUUGUAUUCUGGAUAACCCUCGCCGUGUUCAUCGUGACGAACCUGGUAUUCGUGGCGUGGGCCUCCGGCGACGAGCAGUGGUGGAACGUCGCCGCCCAGGACCCUCGGAAGCAGCAGGAGGCCGAGAUGACGCGAUCCGUCAACGCGGAGAUCAAAUUGUAACUGUGGGAUGCACGAAUAUGAGAGAAUUCACUGUAUGUGUAUUACCUACAUGUAAUGCACUAAUAACCGAAUUUAAGACGUUAACGUCAAAAAUUAACCGCUUGGCACCUACCCGUCGCCGGCUGAUGAAAAAGUGAGAAAAAUAUAAUUUCACUUUUAUAUCAUCUGUGUCAAUAUAAUAUAAAUAUAGGUCAUUGAAAAAAGCGACAGACAGUUAAAGUACUAACGACAUGAACGUGCAUAGACAAAAUAGUGACGUAAUGUAGCCAACAAUGGUGCAAAAAAUAAAAUAUGAUUAAUGGAGAACAUGAGCAGCUAUUGAAAUGUCGGUGGAUUACUUUUCUAGGUACCGACCGGCAUUCGAACAGUACGGCUACCACCAGUUUGACACUGACAUAUUCGCUAGCGUGUAGUGAAUAUGUCAGUUUGACACUGCUAAGGCAGUCGUGGUAAGGCUACUGGGCCCUUAGGACUGAUUGAAUAUGAGUGUUAAGAGAACUAACUAAUGUACCUAUAUAGCGGUUACGUAAAGUACAUAUUUAAAUUAAACUUUAUAGGAUUUUUAUAUUAUAUGAAUUGACAACAUCGAGACUUUAGCUAAAGCAGCUUUCUGAAGAGGAAAUUGACAAAUUUGUGGACAGUUAAAACAAAAACAAAUAAGCUGAAUUUGUGAUUACGCAUGAUAUUUAUGUCGUCUACUUAGUUAAUGAUUACUACCUAGCUAAUAGGGAAAUAUAGCGUUAAAUGAUAGAUAAGGUUUAUUAGGGAUUUUUUCUAAAUAUUGUAAUCCACAGCCAGUGUAGUGUAGUGUGUAGUACCUAAUUUAAAAUAGAGACAUCCAAAAUAUCAUAUUAUUCUUAUUAGAAAAAUAUUUUUAGACGAGUCGAAUAGAAAUAAAUAAUAAGUCGUGUCGUUCUUAAGUAGUACAGAAUGAUGUUCUUAGUAAUGCUAUUUAGUUUUUACCUUAGCAGCUUGAAAAACCAUAGGUAAUUUAACUUUGCUGAUAGCAAACACCAUAAUACAAAACCGUAUUUUGCUUAGCUACUGUGCGCGUGCGCGUGCGCAGUUAUGACAACAAUAUUGGGGUGGUUGACUGGUAGAGAAUGCCUUUAGGCAUUAAGUCCGCCAUUUGUACUUUAUUUGUUAUAUUGUGCAAUAAAGUUUAAAAUAAAAAAAUAAAAUAUUAGAGUCUGGCUAAUGAAAGUUAAACCUGAAAAAACGCGGCAAUUUCAAAAACUCUGUAGCAGGCAGCUCUUUGAUUACAUAAUAUUUGUACUUUUUAUGAUUUCUAGAAUAUGAAGAUUAUAAAAAGUAUAAGUAAAGGAGGCCUGUGCCCAGCAGUGGGACGUAUAUAGGCUGAAAUAUUAUUAUUAUAUUAUUAUAAAAAGUAUAAAAGUUAUGCAAUCUUUGUAAUCAAAGAGCCGCCUGCUACAGAUUUUUUGAAAUUGCCGCGUUUUUUCAGGUUCAACUUUCAUUAGCCAGACUACUCACGCGGUUUGUCAUUUCAUAGUACGCGGUAUUUUUAAGAUUGCAUAUUUUUGAAAAUUCUUUCAAAAAUGACGUGGUAAAAAGAUUGGAUUGUACCAAAGGAGACCGUAACCUUGUGACUUUGAGUUUCUCGCUACGCUCGUGAAUCUGUUAAAGAAUUUUACAUUUGAUCGGGACUUGAAAUCCUCUCUCGCACCCAAAACCAUCUUUGCUCUCUUGUUUCAAAAGCAAUUACUGUUAUAUUAUGAAGUAAAUAAAAGUAAGUUAACAUCCACCUGUUUCAUAACUCAUAAUAUGAAGUAUUUUGUAAUUGUAAUAUUAAGUGUUUCUUUCCUAAUUGUUGUAAAUAUAGGUAAUCUAAGUUAUAUCUUAAUUAGGACUGUUAUAAAACAUUUCUUAAGAGUAUUGUAUAGUAUAGUUGAAGGGUACA